AUGUCGUUUUAUUGACCCCACGUCAGUCACGAUGCGCCCCCCGCGGACCGACACACUCCUCGCCAUCGCUGUUUUUCUCCUUCUGCUCCGGUUUCGUCUCACUUUCGCCCAGCAGCAAUGUGAUAUGACCGCUGUGGUCGGGGACACGGUGACCAUCCCACUGGGGGGGGGUCCACACCCCAAGGACCUCAAGAACCUGGUGUGGAAGCACGAAACCGGGACGGGAUCUUUGACGGCGUUCCGGAGGAGCGGAGGACGGGUCUCCAGAGGCACCGAACGAGAUGUGACCGGGGACGGAUCCCUCGUCCUGCGCGACGUCCAGAUGUCCCACUCAGGACAGUAUUCUGCUCGUGUGGACAACACUGAUGGAGUUCGACCCGUGACGGUGACCCUGUGUGUGACGAAACCAGUCUAUGGACUACUGGGAGCAGACGUGGAACUGGACCCAGAUGUGAGCGAGACCCUUUUCGACAUCUCAUGGCAGAGAGGACGCUACAUUGUAGCCAUGUGGUACCGGGAUAUUGCUGAACAUGAUUAUUAUGGCAGAUGUGAGACCGGCGAGCAGUGUGACCUGAAUAACUCUACUGGGGUGUUGGUAAUGAAAGGGUUAAAAGCAGAAGAUGAAGGACGGUACCUUGCUGAAAUCAACGGGAAAACGCCUCUAACGGGACUUGACCUGAUCCCACUGAGUAAGUAG